CUUGUCUCUAUCUUCCUUUGCUUACUUUGACAAACAUUAGGUUGCAAAUUUAAAAUCCACGUCACCACAAAAAAAAAGAGUAUUUUUCUUCUUUUUUUUUUUGUUAAAAAUGACAGAUACACUCGGUUAUGCUUAUGGUCUUACUGUAGUAACAGGUGGCGUUGUUGGUUAUGUGAAAGCUGGUAGUGUUGCUUCUCUUGCAGCAGGAGGUGUCUUUGGUGGUUUAGCUAUUGCAGGUGCAUACCAAGUCUCUCAAAACCCUCGAAAUGUAUUGCUAUCUUUGAUAGUCAGUCUUACCUUGUUAUUCGUGAUGGGCUCUCGUUUCUAUAGAGGUAGAAAAUUCAUGCCAGCAGGUCUUGUUAGUCUAUUAAGUCUUUUAAUGGUACUUCGUUAUGGUGCUCGCUUGUAUAAUCAAUAAAUAUAUAU